UUUUAUUUCUAUCAGGCAUAUGUUUGGCCACUCACCGAGUGCAUCAAACACGUGGUGUGGAAUCUAUGCAGUGCAUUGUAAGUGUGUUGGGACGAGGGACAUAAGAAGCUCUUACCUCGUCUUUGUAUCCUGUUGUGAAAGUGCAACGGCGUGGGUAGUGUUGUGUGUACGUGCUGUGUGUCUGCGAGGUGUGUUUGCAGUUAGAGCAACAUCAAGUAUGAAGAGAGGAAAGAAGGCAGAGGCAGAGGAGGCGGCCGCUGACGGGGAGAAUGAGACUGGCUCCGCUUCGGCAAAGAAAACCAAGAAGGCUAAGGAACCAGAGGCCCCAAUAUUGUACGAAGAUCCACCAGACAAAAUGACAAGCAAAGAUGGGCGCAACGCCAACGUUAAAAUUACGUCCUGGAACGUCGACGGCCUGAGGGCCUGGGUGAAAAAGAACGGCUUGGAUUGGGUGCGUGAGGAGAGUCCAGAUGUUUUGUGCCUCCAGGAGACAAAGUGUGCAGAGAAAUCCCUCCCUGCUGACAUUACCUCAAUGCCAGAGUACCCUCACAAGUAUUGGGCGGCGUCAGAUGAGAAGGAGGGUUAUAGUGGUGUGGCCAUGCUGUGCAAGACUGAACCCCUAAAAGUCACCUAUGGCAUUGGCAAAGAAGAGCAUGACAAGGAGGGCCGUGUCAUCACCGCAGAGUUCCCCAACUAUUACCUGGUAACCGCCUAUGUGCCAAACUCCGGCAGAGGCCUUGUGCGCCUAGAUUACCGCAAAACGUGGGACGUGGACUUCCGGGCAUACCUGAGUGAGCUGGACAUGCAGAAGCCCCUGGUGCUGUGUGGCGACCUCAACGUCGCACACCAGGAGAUCGACCUGAAGAACCCUAAGGGCAACAAGAAAAACGCCGGAUUUACCCCAGAGGAGCGCGAGGGCCUCAGCCAGCUGCUGGAGUCCGGUUUCACCGACAGCUUCCGUGAGCUCUACCCCGAGCAGGCCAACGCCUAUACCUUCUGGACCUACAUGAUGAACUCCCGGGGAAAGAACGUGGGCUGGAGGCUUGAUUACUUCCUGUUGUCGUCCAGCCUGCUGCCAGGCCUGUGUGACAGCAAGAUCCGCAACAAGGCCCUGGGAAGCGACCACUGCCCUAUCACUCUGCACAUCGCCGUGUAGGUCGCUGUCUGAGCGAGAUACAGGUCUCCACAGCCCCCGCUGGUUUCUUAGUGUUAACUUUCCAGCUCUGCAGUGGCGUAGUUUUUUGUCCAGUACUUUUUUUUACAUUUAAUUUCAAUUCAUGACGAGCACAACACAUGUCAGUUUAUCCUCGUCAUACAAAGUUUGUCAGUGGUGUAUGAUGUCAAACACCAGUUUGAACAAUGAUCUGUGAUGUUUUUCUGUACUGCAGUUUAUGAGAAAAGGCUCCGUGCCAACAAGCCUGCAGAUUGUCACUCUCAAUUUAAAACAUCUGCUGAUAAGAAAAGGUGUGUGUUUUAAGCUUCUUUUCCUACUAAAUUGUUGUAGACAAUGUCCCCAAUAAAAGGCUGAAUUUAUGUA